UCGAGAGACUUUCUUGCUCAUCCAAAUGUUCACUUUUCAAUAAACACUUGAAAGUCAAAAGGAAACUUUUGCUCGACUUGAAGCUCAGCUAGCCGAGCAUAAACCAAAAUCAGAAUAAGCCGAACGUUUCAUUUUUUAUACAAAUCAAUCGUUACACAUCGAACCGCGAAACACAAAAUGUUAAUUCAAAGUUUACGUAAUUUUUUCUAUUCAAUAUAACAUGUUGACGUUUGCAUGUUUGUCAGCUAAUAAAUAACUUUAACCUUUAAACUUGUUUCAAUAUUCAACUAUCAUCUGCAACAUCAUCGUCAUCGUCAUCAUCAAAAAUGCCCACAGGAUGUACAGAAGAAAAGUUAAAGGGAUCUUGGGUCGUUGAUCCGGCCAAAUCGUUUUAUUACCGUUGGCUUGGAAUCAUAACAGUUGCCGUCCUUUAUAAUGUCCUAAUGAUUAUUGGACGAACAGUUUUCUGGAAACUCAACAAUUCUCAUCCAUGGAUAUGGUUUGCAAUUGAUUACACUUGUGAUUUUGUUUAUAUUAUCGACAUGUUCGUCAACUCAAGAACAGGUUAUUUAGAGCAAGGUUUACUUGUUCGUGAUACAGAAAAGCUGUUGGUCAAUUAUGUUACAAGUCCCACUCUUAAGCUUGACCUGAUCUCUUUGAUACCAAGUGAUUUAUUUUACCUUAUUACUGGAAUCUCCUGUGAAGAUGGUCACAUUCCGUGUCCCGUUAUUGUCCGAUUAAAUCGUCUGUUUAAACUUCACCGGUUAAUCGAGUGUUUUGAUCGAACCGAGACUCGAACCAAUUUUCCAAAUGCCUUUCGUAUUUGUAAAUUGAUCUUCAUCAUUUUGGUGGUUAUCCAUUGGAAUGCUUGCUUUUAUUUUGCCAUGUCAAGUUUCAUUGGUUUCGAUACUGAUCGCUGGGUUUAUAGUAUGAACAAUACUGGUGAAGGAUUUUUUCAACAAUAUGUUUACUGUUUCUAUUGGUCAACUUUAACAUUAACUGCCAUUGGUGAAGUACCUGUUCCCACUCGCGAUGAGGAAUAUAUUUUUGUCAUUUUUGAUUUUCUCAUCGGUGUCCUUAUAUUUGCCACAAUUGUUGGUAAUGUGGGUUCCAUGAUAACCAAUAUGAAUGCCUCUCGAGCUGAAUUUCAAUCUCGCAUGGAUGCUGUUAAACAGUAUAUGGAAUUUCGUAAAGUUUCAAAAGAAUUGGAGAAAAGAGUUAUCAAAUGGUUUGAUUAUCUAUGGUCAAAUAAACAAUCGUUGGAUGAAGAAGCAGUUAUAUCAAUUUUACCUGACAAGUUAAGAGCAGAGAUUGCAAUGCAUAUUCAUUUGGAUACAUUGAAAAAGGUUAAAUUAUUUCAAGACUGUGAAUCUGGUUUACUGGCUCAAUUGGUUUUGAAACUUCGCCUUCAAGUGUUCAGUCCAGGUGAUUUUAUUUGUCGCAAGGGUGAUGUUGGUAAAGAAAUGUACAUAGUUAAAAGAGGUCGACUUUCGGUUGUUGGAGAUGAUGGUAACAUUGUUCUGGCAACUUUGAGCGAUGGCUCUGUUUUUGGUGAAUUGUCCAUUUUAAAUAUAAGAGGAAACAAAACGGGAAACAGGAGGACAGCGAAUGUUCGUUCGGUUGGUUAUUCAGAUUGCUUUGUGCUUUCCAAGCAAGACUUGUGGGAAGUUCUGGAAGAGUAUCCAGAGGCAAAGGAAAUGCUGAUUGAACGAGGAAAACAAAUCUUAUUGAAGGAUGGAUUACUCGAUGAAGAUGCUCUAAGACGAAGUCAAAAGGAAAGAGAAAGGCUAGAAGAUAGGUGUGGACGUUUGGAAUCAAACUUGGACACAUUGACUACUCGGUUUGCUCGUUUACUAGCAGAAUACUCAGCUGGCCAGAAAAAGAUUAAACAAAGAUUAUAUCAUUUGGAGAAGCGUUGUGAAUUAACAAUCAAUGGAAACUCUAGUGAAUGAAAUUAAAAAUUGUAUCAUGACCUGUGAAGUACAAUCAAAAACCAGUGCAAAGCAUGCUUCUGAUCAUGGUCUUAACCAAUAUUUGUGAUAAAAAAUCUACAAUCCUUGUAUAUUACUCACUGUACAUGAAGUUUUGUCCAAAAAAAUGAAAUCUUUUAUGGUUAGUCUUUUAGAGUUGUUUGGCUUUCAAGAAGCAAUUUUUAAUUAUAAUUUUGAGCCCAUUUUAAAUCCUUCCAAUAAGACAAAACCUCAUCGAAACGUGCAACAGUAAUGUAAUGGUUAUUGUUCAGAAUUACUGACUAUUCAAAGUCAACGAUUGGCCAGCCAACAUUUGUCUCAAAGUGAUUUAUGAGCAUCUCGACUUUAAAUUUCUAUUGGUUCAAUCUCAACAAUUUAUCUUCAAAUUCAUUCAUGUAAAAAGGACAGAAACGAGAACUGUCCCAAAAUAAAAUGUAAAUUAUCAAAUCGAAAGAAACUAAAGAAAUAAAAUUCGAUCUUUUUACAUUUUA